CUUUCGUGUAACUUUGACGUUCUUGACCUCUUGUCCAAGUUCUAGAGCGACACACGAACAGAAUGUAAACAACCUUACAUCAUCCUGAACUUAAUCAACAACUGACAGUUGUCACAAUGUUCUCGUUAAGGAAGGUAGCGUUUACUGUAAGUAGUGCAAGGAACUUGUCCAUGCGGGCUGUUCUUGAGGUAAAUGCAGCGUCAGGUCAUGCAUUUGAUAAACAUGAGCAGAGCCAGACUCAUUUUACCGCUAUCGAAGGUGUCCAGGGCCAUGCAAAACAUAUUUCCAUUGAGGAAUCACAACAGAUUUUGGAAGAGGCCGUAAAAUACUCUAUACAUGGUCCUAGUGUACAAGGAAUUCAGGGUGGUCGUGACGAAUUGGCUGCUUUAGAAAAUGUAUCUGCUGCCGUUGAUACUGUCGCUGACUCUGAAAUUCCAGAAAAUAUGAAAACGUAUUCCUGCUCAAGAAACAUCAAUUUACAUGGCUGUAUGCAGACGAAUGUUCCUGAACCUUAUGCUGUCAAAGCUGAUCACUAUGCAGUACAGCUUGAUCAUGGUACCCCACAAAACAUGCCAGGAAAUGGUAAAAAGCUAUACCAGAAAUAUAUAUCUGGUGGUAGAAAUGACGUUAAUAUUCCAAACCAGAGACGUUCUUUUCAUGUAGGUGUCCAACGUUUGUCACAAGCUGCACAGUUUAGUUACAAAGAUGCAGUGUUUGACAAUGAUCCUAGCCCACAGGGUAUUCAAGGUGAUGAUUGUGUCCAACAUAAAUUAUGGAUGGAGACUUGUUUAAGAUUUGGACUUCCGAACUGUGAUGAACAAUAUCAGAGCAUUCAAUCUGGUAGAAAAACUCUAGCUCAGGUUUUUGCGGAACAAGAGGAAAUUAUUCGAAGUGUAGCUGAAAGUUACAGAAAAAAUACUAGGAGCCAUCCAGCCAUUACAUCCCCCGAUGCUCUGAUAGACGUUUCUUCAUGUACACCAGAGGGUAUCCAGGGGGAGGACUCCGUACAAUUUAGACUGUGGGUAGAAAACUGUAACAGGUUCAGUUUGCACAAACAUUUUAAAGAAAACCUUCCAGGAUUGGAAACAGGAAGCAGGACUAUGGCUGACAUCAUCAAUGAACAGGGCCAUAUCAUCCGCUCUAUUGUAAAGAAUCACCAACAGCAGAGGCAUUAUUCAACCUCGAAACAAAACCAGGAACCUCAAGAGGUCGGUAACAAUCCACCCGCAUCUACCCCAUCUCCAAAUACUGAGGACUCUUCUUCAAAGUAUUCCAGAGCAAAGUUAAGGAAAGCUAUUACAGAAUAUGGGUCUACUGUGAUAGUUUUCCAUGUAGGCAUAUCUUUGAUGUCCCUUGGAGGGUUCUACGUUUUAGUGUCAAGUGGCCUUGAUGUUGUUGGACUUUUGACCAAGCUUGGGAUAGGAGAGAGCAUUUUUCAGUCCAAGUUGGCUGCCGGAGCUAGCACCUUUGUCGUUGCCUACGCUGUUCACAAAGUAUUCGCACCUGUUCGGAUUGGAAUCACACUGACAUCAACACCAUUCAUCGUACAGUAUCUACGUAGAGUCGGUGUCCUCAAGGCUCCCCCCAAGGCUCCUCCCAAGGCUCCCCCUAAACCUAACUGAUCGUUCUAUUUGACAGGAUUAGGGAUAGAAUAUCCCUUUCUAACAUGAUAUGUCCCAUCUUAGCUAGCCAAGUGUACUUCGUGUAAGUGGAGUGUAUACGAGGCGAACACUUGGCUAACGAAGAUAGAUAUGUUCAUAUAAUUGAUUUAGUACUAUAUAAAUCGCCAUACAUAAGCUUGUUUUGAUUUUCAGCCCAGGAGGAACUUGUUCUCCAGCUGGAGAAGUUUGACAAUACACUUCUUAUCAGUCAACAUCACUAGUACACAUUCUUUAAUUGAACUAUUUAUAAAACUGCCAAGGAUUCAUUUAGUAUGGACUACUUUGUAUAUUUAUUUUCUGAAAGUUAUCUGCUAUUUUUCUCAACUAAGUUGCCUUGUAAAGUACUCACAUCUGCUGUUUUAUAGAAUACUCAAACUUAAAGAAUACUGUUAUAGUGAGUAGAGAAAACUAUUAUUAGAUAUGUUGACUGAUUAAGAUGUAUAUUCAUGCAUGUGUGUUUUAUUAAAGUGUACAUACUCGGCGCCUUUAAAACAUUAUUCCCAAAUUGCUAUAAUAAUAUUGUGUAAAUGCUAUUCAUUUUUGUUUAUCAUUCCAAUGUGUACCCAGGUUAUCAUUGUAUUAUAAUAACCAUUAAUGUUUCUGACUGUGACCCUCUUGUGGAAGGGAGGAACAUGUCACAGAAUUAUAGUAGCAUAUAGCCUUAAGUGACAGAUAUGUAUAAGCUCAACAUGUCACAGAAUUAAAGUAGCAUAUAGUCUUAAGUGACAGAUAUGUAAACUUGUUAGGACAAUAUUUAGUGUCAUUCUUUACAUUGAGUAGAAUACAUCCUGGUACAAAGAUAUACCUUAAAUGAGAAGGAAAUAAAACAAGCAGAUAUAUUUAAACCUUAAUUUCAAAAGUAGGAUCAUGACCAGUUCAUCAAGGAAUUUUACAUUAUGCUUAUAAGUGAUUGAUAUUCUAACUAACUAGGAGGGCUAUAUUUUCUAAACUAGUUUAGUUCAUGCAAUGAAUAUAAAAACUAGUGUCAAAAUCUUAAAGUUUACCAUUUCAUGCCCAUUUAAUUUAGAAAACUGACAAGUGUAUACAUGUUCCAAUUUGUGCUUUUUAAUUUGACUCUUUGUGUACAUCUUCCAUUAUGUGUGUAUAUAAUUGUUUUUGUGAUAGGUGAAUUUUCUAGAGGUUGUAACCAGAACUUUAUUGAAAUAUAAUUGAUUAGCUAAUCAGAUAUUGAUAAAAAAAAAUCAAUUAGGAGUAAUGGUAAUGAAAUUUGAAUGAAAUACCUGUUACUUUAGUUAGAGCAUCUGUAUUUGUUUGAAGAAAGAAAGGUCAAUAUGUUCCAAUCAAUAAACUAGUAUUGAGUCUUCA